AACAUAAAAUCCGCGAUCGUGGUACCGCCAUAAUAUCCUGCUGCUAGGAGAACGGUAAUAACUUUAUCGCAGUGAAGAAUUGGACCAAACAAGACACUGACUGGCUGAGCUUCCCUGCUACCUUGCCGUACUCAUCCCAUUCUCCAAACAGACAGUGAGGCAGGAUGCUGGGUCUGUGGUGCAUGGAUGCCCAACUGGGCCUUCUCACUCUGGUGCUGUGCUGCACACUGGCUCCCUUACCUGCGCACGCAUACAUCUAUGCUCAUUACAGCAAUAUGACUAACAUGUUGUUUGAGGACCUGUCUGCCUUGUUCGGAUCAUCACUACCCAAAGAGGGACUUAUGGGUGUGUUAGUAGAGUCCCGUCCACUCAACGGCUGCACUCCGAUAAAACCUCCACCACCACGGCCCACAUCUAGUGAUUCCAACACUACCACUACUAAGUACAUAGUCCUCAUCCGACGCUAUGACUGCAAUUUUGAUAUCAAGGUGCUGCAUGCACAGCAAGCGGGAUUCAGUGCAGCCAUCGUUCACAACAUGUACUCGGAGACUCUACUCAACAUGAACUACAGCAAUGAAACCAUUGCAGAGGAGAUUGAGAUCCCCUCAGUAUUCACCAGCUACUACGCCUCCCAAAUUCUCAGGACCUUCAUCAUUCCUGAACAAGGGGCCUAUGUGAUCCUCAAGCCGGAGUUUGCCUUUCCACUCUCGUAUUAUCUCAUCCCCUUCACCGGAGUGGUGGGCAUGAUCGUCCUUGUGAUGGUUGUCUUCCUGAUUGUGCGCUGUGUGCAGUACAGGAAAAGGAUGAGGAAAAAUAGGCUGACCAGGGAACAACUAAAGAGGAUCCCCAUUCACAAGUUCACUAAAGGUGAUGAAUAUGAUGUUUGUGCUAUUUGUCUGGAUGAGUAUGAAGAGGGAGACAAACUGCGAGUUUUGCCUUGCUCACACGCGUACCACAGCAAGUGUGUGGACCCCUGGCUUACAGGGACGAAGAAAACUUGCCCUGUGUGCAAACAACGUGUAACCCAGCCCAAUCCGGAGUACUCUGAGUCCGAGUCUGAGGAUGAGAGGGCACGUGGUGGAGACGAAGAGAGGGGGGAGGGCGAAGUUGACACUGAGCGCACCCCUCUCCUCCGCCCCUCCAACCCAGGCUUCCCCUCUGGCAGUCCAGGGGCCUAUUCUGCCACUGUCACCACAGUAACCACCGCGCAGUGCCUACCCUCUCCCCCUCACUGCGACUCGCCCAUCCUGGAGUAUAAGGGCUACUACUCCCCUCAGGAGGUGUCAGACUCUGAUACUGAGGAGGGAGUGGUAGACUCCCACCCAUCAGACGAUGACACUGCCCAGCUCAUUGGUAGGGGCACAGUGGGGGUCUGAGAGCCUGGAGGUAGAUGAGAUGAAAUUACUUUCUGCUAGCUGAAAAGGGUCAGUCUUGUCCCCCAGUGUGAUUUUUAUCACACGAAAAGAUAAACUGGUUUAUGGAGCUGUGGCUAUGAAGUUGUCUCAGUCAUAGACUUUCUAGAACACUAUUGUCACUCAAUGUUGCUCGCUCUAAGAUGGUAAUAUAAAGCCAAGAUUCUGCUAGAUUUUUAGCAGUCCUUUUUAAAUCUGUCUUAAACAUGAGGCACACAUUAAGUACAGUGAAUCAGUUAAACAUUUUGCUUUAAGUCUUUGCCAGUGCACUCUAACCCCCCACGCUCCUCCUAAACUUAAUAUUUUCACAAAAUGAUGUGACAGCCUGGUAGUCUCAAUCUUAAAAGGUAAUUUCUAUAUUUUUCAACUUCAUAUUCUUCUUCACAAGCACCACCCCAACAUCAACAUGUGAAAAUUGUGCGUUUCUAUGUUCUGUAGUAAAACAAAAUGGUUUCCAAUGACAUCAUCGGUGUUUAUUGUGUGAUUUUAACCAAUUAUGAGUCGGCAUUGCUUACUAAUUGUCUACUAAUUGGUUGAUGAUGACAUUGGAAACACUUAUCUUUUUUACUACAAAACAUAGAAACGUACCAUUUCCACAUACUGCAUGUUGAUGUUGGGGUGGAGAUUAUAAAUAUAACGUUGAAACAUUUGGACAUUUCUCUUUAACUGUAGGUAUUUGGUUGAAGAAAUCCUGUCAAUGCACUACUUGACAAUUGACAUACCCCAAAUUCUUAUUUUCAAUGAGCAUACCAGGUAAAAUCAAUGUAGCAUGAUUUUCUUUGGUAGUGAUUGAAUAGAGACUCAACUCAUUCACCAGAAAGGAAACUGCAGUGCUGCUGUCUCACAAAUAACAUAUCUUCCCCAUGCUAGUAGUAUACUGUAACCUGUAUGCAUCUCUGUAACUGGUUUCUUUCAUGAUAUUGUCGGUAAGUGGGAGUUAAAUUUACUCUAUGGUGAGUUUCAUUCACUGUUUUAUGGAGUUUUUUUUCCUCUCUGAUGGAUCUGUUGGACAGUUAAUUUGCCCUGGACCAGUAAUCAUGUGGCAUGUCAAAGGAGAAUAUAUAUAUUGUAAACCCCACUGUAAUACGUUUUUAUUGUCCAGCAUCGUUUCUUUGAACUACUUUUACUCCUUUUAAAAUGUCUGAAUUUGUCCAGUGUAAUUUUAUUUCAACCUCUUCUAUAAAAACAAUUAUUUAAAUGA